AUAUACAUACACGUUAAAUAUACGUCGAAGUAGUUUGAAGAUGCAAACAGUGUUGCUUCCCUGCAUUGCCAAGAAGAUUCCACAUUGGUUUCUGCCACAUUCUUCAACACAGCUACGAAUCCGACCAAUCUGGUCAUCCUCCAUUAAGAUGGCUGCAGAAGACUACACUUUUGGGCCUUACAAGAUACACCACACUGAAGUGUUCUACUCCACCAAUCUCUCUUACGCCAUGGUUAACCUGCGUCCUCUUCUUCCUGGUCAUGUGCUCAUCUGUCCAAAGCGUGAAGUUAAGCGUUUCGGUGAUCUCACUGCUGAUGAGACUUCUGAUUUAUGGCUCACUGCACAAAAAGUUGGUAGGCAGCUUGAGACCUACCAUAAGGCUUCAUCACUUACUCUUGCUAUCCAAGAUGGGCCACAAGCAGGACAGACAGUACCCCAUGUUCACAUUCAUCUUAUCCCUCGGAAAAGUGGUGAUUUUGAGAAGAAUGACGAGAUAUAUGAUGCAAUGGAUGAGAAGGAGAAGGAAUUGAAACAAAAGCUUGACUUGGACAAGGAGAGGAAAGACAGAAGCCUUGAAGAGAUGAGUCAAGAGGCAGAUGAAUACAGAAAACUUUUCUUAUAGCAUGUUUGCUAACAGUAGAAAGUGAAUUCUGUGUGCAUUGUGCGACCAGAUUUUCUCAGUGUAGACAAUCUUAAUGCUUUAGACUUUAUAACUUUUAAGUUGCACUGGAUCAUACAAGUCACACAAAUUAUAGUCUUCUGGGGAACUUUUUAUUAUUUAUGGUUACAUGUAGCAUUGUACUAAAGUUUCAAGGAACAAUGACAAUUUGGUUGAACUAACAUCACUUGGGUGUCUCUGAUUAUUUUAGCCUCAGCUUUGCUUGGUAGUGUUGGCUAAGUAUAAAUUUUCAACUCAAGUUAUGCUUGUUUCCAUUCAGAGAGCAAGCAAUCUUCUCCUUUUUCCUAAAAUUUUAGUACCGAAAGGAGAGAGAUGUAAUGAAGCAGGUGUACAGUCUUGGCUAGCUUGAUAGUGAUGUAAUGAAGUUUUUUCUUUUUGGACU